AUGGAUUUUUGGUCGUUACAAGGAGCAACAAGUAUAUCAUCAAGCAUAGAUGAAUUAUUAAAGAAAAAUGAGUGUCAAAUAGAAGAGAUAUUUGAAGACCCACAUUAUUUAUUAGAAUUAAAAUCCAAUGAGACAUUGAUUCAAUUUGUAUUGAAGGAAGAAAAUAUAGAAAAGUGUAUUAAAUAUAUUUGUGAUGGAGAAAGUGGGGAAAAAGGAGGAAUGGCAUCAGAAACACUUUCAAGUGAAGUUGAACAGAUUCAAGAAGAAAUGAUUAAAAGAAAAGACAUUCAAGAAGAAUUAAUAGAAAGUUUUAUCAAGGAAAAAGACAAAAGAGUAAUAAACAACAUAGUAAAUAUAUUAAUAGGGUUAAAUAAAAGAGAAGAAUUUAAAAAAGAAAUAGGAAAGAACGAAAAGAUGAUAAGUAAUUUAUAUGACAAUUUAAAUGACCCAAUCAAAAGUAAUUAUUUACUUUUAUUAAUUCAAACAAAUACAAUUGAACAGAAUAAUAUGAAAAGAUUUAUAGAGAAAAUAAUAGAAGGAAAGUAUAUUGAAGAAAUAGAAGGGAUGUUAAAAGAAAUAAUGGAAUGGGACAAUUCAAUAAGUCAAAAAAUGUAUGAAGAAUUUAUUAAAUCAGAUCAAAUAGAGGAAUAUAUUGAAAGGAUUAUUUUAAAUAAAGGAGAUACAAAAAGAGAAUUAAUUCAUAUUUUAAGAAUAAUGUUACCACUUAAGAAAGAGAAUAAUAAUAAUAAUAAAGAAGAAGAAAAGGAAAUGGUAAAAAGAUUAGAAAAAGUCAUAGAAAAUAUAGAAAAUGAUAUUAAAGAGAAUGAAGAAAGGGUUGAAGAAGAAUUAAUUGAUUUUGAACAUAUUAUUGAAUAUUGUAUUGAAUAUGAAGCGGAAAUAAUUGAAAGAAAAGGAGAGGAAAUACUAGAAAAACUUCUUUCAAUAUAUUUCAUAAUAAGAAACAACUCAAGUAUUUAUCGACAAUACUUAAAUGACAUUUUUUCAAUUCUUAUUCAAAAGAAAAGAAAUUUGAUUAAUAAUGUUAUGAAAAAGUAUAAAUUAACAGAACAAUUAAUUGCAAACGAUAAAGAAUUAUUAAAGGAGCAUUAUAAAUAUGAUUUAUAUAUAUUUGAAUAUUAUUUAAUGAUUCAACUCUAUUCUAUUACAAAAGAUGAUGCAUCUUAUAAUGAAUAUAAUGAAUAUAUUAUGAAAGAAGUUCUUCCUAGACAAGAAAAUAAUACUAUUUAUUUCAGAAAAACUUCUACUACAUCAACUAAUAACAGUCAAAUGAAGCCUUUUGUUAUUGAUGAAAUUGACCAAUUAAAUUCUUCUCCCUCUACUAAUGCAAAUCUAUCUUCAACCCCAACUAAUUCAUUUGAUUUUGAAAGUACUGAUUUUUCAUUUGAGAAGGCUUCAAAUGUUAAUGACUCGUCAUCCAGUUUUGAUUUUAAUUCGACUUCUUUUGGUGACUUUGAAGCACCAAGUGUUGAUUCUUCCCAAAGUAAAAAUGAUGAGUCAAAGAAAUCUUUUAAUUUUGACUCAUUUUCUUUUGAUUCAACUGACUUUGGAGAUUUUAAAUAA